AUGCGAUACUUGAGCCUCGUCCUGCUGAGCUCUCUGAGCCUGUGGACAUCGACAUGGGCCGCCUCAGCUUUCAAUAAGAACACGAGCUCGACAUAUCUGCAGUCACCAUUCUCUACCUUCGAAGAUCGACCAGAUGGAUGCCCGCCCUGCCCGAAGUGUUUCGAUUGCCACUACCCCGAAUUCGAAUGCAAGCAGUUUGCUCAGUGUGGCGCUGGGAACGGCAAGUGUAUCUGUCCUGCAGGCUUUGGAGGGGACGACUGCGCAGAGCCACUGUGUGGUUCAUUAGCCGAUGGCAAGGACAGAGCACCAAGGCCCAAAGAUCAAGCUACUUGUGAUUGUAAAGAGGGCUGGAGUGGUACAAACUGCAAUGUCUGCACACAACAUCAGGCUUGCAACGCCCUUAUGCCUGAAGGCGAAGGUGGCGUCUGUUACAAGGACGGCCGCCUCGUUCAUGAGAAUUUCCAAAUGUGCGAUGUGUCCAAUAAGCCUAUCAUUGACCAACUCGACGGCCGCAUCGCCCAAGUCACCUUUUCCUGCAACGCCGAAGACGAAACUUGCAACUUCCAGUUCUGGGUCGACCAGAAAGAGUCGUUCUACUGUGACCUCGACACUUGCGAUUUUGAAACUCAGGAUACAAACAGCCGCAAUCAAACAAAGUAUACAUGUCAGAAGGCCCGCUGCAAAUGUAUUGCUGAUACCUUCCUGUGCGGCGAAGCUGGCUCUGUCGAUAUUGGCGACUUCCUUAUCGAAGAGAUUAAAGGUCCAGCUUCGUUGAUCACCACCAGAACCGAAGGUGGCAGCUCUAGAGACGGGAGUAGAUUCGAAGAACCAGCCAUGAACGACCUGAUCUCACAGAUAUUUGGCGACGAAUACAUCAAGCUCAACUGCUUCUCAGGCGAAUGUUUGUAUUACACUCAAGUACCUGGGUGGUCCAGACCCAUCAAGGAGAUCAACACACCUCUGAUUGCUGCUGCUAUCGCUGGUGUUGCUCUGUUCAUCCUGGCCGCCGUUCUCAUCGGCUGGUACCUUUCAGUCCGAGCUGCUCGGAAGCGAUGGGGCGCCAUAUAUCUGGGCGACAGGACUGACGAGGACACCAUUCGUCUGAUGAUCGACCACAAGCCAAUGGCCCUGCAAUUUGAGGAUGUUCACUACGACCUGAAAGGCAAGGAGAUCUUGAAGGGUAUCUCGGGUAUCGCAUCUCCAGGUCAAAUCACGGCAGUCAUGGGUGCUUCUGGGGCUGGUAAGUCCACUUUCCUGGAUAUUCUCGCACGUAAGAACAAGCGAGGCACAGUAUCAGGAAACAUGUACGUCAAUGGCGAGAAGAUUCUCGAUCACGAGUACGGGACUUUAGUUGGCUAUGUUGAUCAAGAAGAUACAUUGCUGCCAACCUUGACAGUCGAGGAGACAAUAAUGACGAGUGCUCUACUUAGAUUACCCGGCGACAUGGGUCGAGCAGUCAAGGAACGUCGAGUCACUGAGGUUAUGCAGCAGUUGGGUAUCUAUCACAUCAGGCACCAGUUCAUUGGCUCUGAAGAAGGACAAGGCAGAGGUAUCUCUGGUGGCGAAAAGAGACGCGUAGGCAUUGCUUGCGAACUCGUCACGAGUCCCAGCAUUCUAUUCCUCGACGAGCCAACCAGUGGUCUGGAUGCUUUUAACGCCUUUAACGUUGUCGAAUGCCUGGUAACCCUGGCUAAGACCUAUAACCGGACCAUUAUAUUCACCAUCCAUCAACCUCGCUCGAACAUAGUUGCUCUCUUUGACCAGCUCAUCUUGCUUGCUAAAGGCCAGACAGUCUACUCGGGACCACUCGCUCAUUGCCAAAGCUAUUUUGAGCAGAUAGGUUACCAUUGUCCGCCUGGCUUCAAUAUUGCUGAUUACCUUGUUGACCUCACCAUGCACGCAAGUUCACCUCGAUCGCCCAUAGCGGAGGAUGUGCCGAGCCUGGAUGAGCAUGAUCCGCAAGUUAAUGAAGACUCAAGCACAAGGGCAGUAAAGUCUAUCCGUUCUGCGGCCAGUGAGCGAACGGGCAGUGUCGAUAACGUCGAGGCGCCGCCGGCUAUCAGACCGAAGGGCAAGAGAAGAAUAUCUCUCAAGCAGAAACAGGACCGUCAGCUUUUCACACGUAGACGGACUGGUAACGACUCGCCUCCAACACCGCAGACGGAUGACGAGGGCACAAGUACAAGGCGGAGUUCCGGCUUACAUAGCUGGCUGCAGCUUGGCCGUACAAGUGGACGUGUGCCGCCACAAAUCCUUGAGGAUCCUGACGAUCUUUCGUCUGGUGCAAAUACUGACCUCGAUAUCCUGGUCUCAAGCUACAAGAGCUCUGACAUUGCCGGCAACAUACACGAAGAGAUCAAGUCGUCGAUACAAAUUGCUUCUUCUGCGAACGGACAUCGUACAGGGGACGGACACAUUGAGCCUGUCACCGGAUCUAUCAAGAGCUUCCGGCGUGCGAGUCUGCCACGACAGUUCAUCAUCCUCUCAGUACGGACCUGGCGCAACCUUUAUCGCAACCCUAUGCUUAUGCUUACACAUUAUGCUGUUGCAAUCUUGCUAGCAGUAUUCUCGGGCUGGCUAUUCUACGGACUCACCGACAACAUCGGCGCUUUCCAGAAUCGUCUAGGUCUCUUCUUCUUUCUCCUUGCACUCUUCGGCUUCAGUGCUCUUACUGCUCUGACCACGUUCGGCACAGAGCGCUCAAUCUUCAUUCGUGAACGAGCCAAUGGCUAUUAUGUUCCAAUCAGUUACUUCGCAUCCAAGUGCGCCUUCGACAUUAUACCACUUCGAAUUAUCCCUCCGAUACUUGUUGGCAUCAUUGUCUACCCGAUGACCGGCCUGCAAGCGCAUUGGGGAAUCUUCUUUAAGUUCAUCCUAAUUAUUGUUUUGUUCAACUUAGCGGCGGCGGCGAUCUCCCUUACAAUAGGUAUUGCGUUUAAGGAUGCUGCAAUGGCUAACCUUAUUGGAGUGCUUGUCAUGUUGUUUUCCCUGCUCUUUGCAGGUCUACUGCUCAACCUCAACAAGGACGAACCUACCAACAAGGCGUCGAAAUGGUUACAAUUGCUCUCCAUCUUCCACUACGGUUAUGAAGCGCUCAUAGUCAACGAAGUAUCUACUCUUCGGCUAAAGGACCAUCGAUAUGGUCUAGAUCUUGAGGUGCCAGGUGCAUCUAUUCUCAGCACUUUUGGCUUCGACAACCUUGCGUUCUGGAAAGACACUAUCGGUCUAGCUGUCUUUGGAGCUUCCUUCAUCGUCAUUGCGUAUCUGGCGAUGCACAUUCUGUUGGUCGAGAAGCGAUAG